GGAAUCGUGGUGUGUAGAACUCGGCUUAUCCGUAGUCCACACACGUGCGGCCGAGAGUGACGGCCGCCGGCUCAUUGUGCCGGUUACGGCUUACGGCCCGUACGGCCGGUAGCCGGACUAACGACCGGCUACCGGCGCACCCUCCUCUUCAAUUGAUCAUUGUUCUACGUGUUUUAUUAUCAACCCUAUUUGUGUUAACCUGCUCGCUACUUUUGUUUCACAAUUGUUUGACGCGAAGUCUUCGACAAUAUCUUCGUGGAGCAAAAAGAUCUAAUCAAUGCCAAAUUAGAUUGAAAAAAAUGCUAAGGGAAACAAAGACGUGGUUCCUCUUUAAGUCUUUACUUUCAUCCUAUUUCAGGUAAAGUAAAUGUGCUGAAACAGAAUACUUGGUUGUCUAGCUCGACUAGAUCGCUAAAUCUACAUACAAGAAUAACGUCAAAGGCUAUGUAGUGCCUCGAUGCAUGUUAAACGAUUCUUUGAAGGGUUUUGUGGCCGCCUGUUGUAUUUCGAGAGUAACUUACGUAUUCUGUUUAGUAUCAAUUCAUAACAAAGGCUAUUUUAAUAUCUAACCGAGAUGAUGUGUGUAAGUUAGGAAGAUCUUAAUAAUCUAAAAUCUUUACCAUUGUGGUAAAGUUCAACCGACACGAGCGUUUACAAUUGAAGUUAAAUAAAUAAUUUAGUAAAAUCCCAACAACUGAGCAAGACGUCAAUGCUGCAGACACGAGAACAGAACGUUGUACCGUCGUCAGUCGUCACCUCCGAAACACUAAACACCUGGAGCCUCGAUAACUAAAACAAAUAACUUCACGGCACAUAAAUUGCUUUCGCAAUGUUUGCGUAACGACCACUGAAAUAUAUUACACGCAGAGCAUCAGUACACCACCUCGAACAAACGUCUACAAACAGUGUGUAACUUCAACACAAACUUCACACGUCUGCGUUCAGAAUGGAUAUUGGAGAACGCAAUGACAGGAUCAGGUAUCAAGUGCUCGUGAUACUGGCGGUGCUGGUGACUUCGCUGCCGCCCAGCACGGGCUACAUAGACUGCAGGAUCUCUUGUCGCCGCUGCCACGAGAACACAGAGCACCCCUCCGUGCUGGAGGUGUACUGCGCCAUGUGCGAGGAGUGCAAGCAAAGACGAAGAGAAAGGAUGAAAGGACGUACUACAUCUGCACGGACUACUUUGAUUAGAAUGCGGGAUGGAGUCAGAGGGAGUGCCGAAGCGUUGGCCAAAUCACUGUUGCUGGGACAACAAGCAGCGGCGCACCCACCUGAACGUCCCGGACCAUCUGGACAACCUGGACCGCUGGGAUCACCUAGUCAAUAUUUACAGCCUGGACAGCUAGGGCAUCACGUGCAACCAAGAGCGCCAGGACAUCCAGGGCAGGGACUACUGCCAAUGUUCAUGCAGCAGCACCCGCAGUCGCACCCGCAGCUACCCCAGCAUGAACCGGGGACGGUGUCGCGUCCAGCCCAACGUGGCUACGGGAAUGAGAUGGAAAGACCCAUGCCACACCCCUCGUUCCCAACCGGCUGUCCGACGCCGCCGGUCUGCCCCGAGUCGGAGGAGGAGCCAGAAAUCAUGGUGGAAGUGGCUACUACUACCACAAGCACGACAACCCAGGCAACCACCACGCCGCAUUGCCCGCCCAUCAAAUGGUGCAGGAAGAAGAGAAAGCAUCAGCCGAGCUGCAUGCCGUGCAUGCCCAUGUGUCCGUGCCCCGUGCCGCAGCCGAUGACUAUGACGGCGGCGCCCACGCACCUGGACUACCAAUACUUGUACAUUGGGCUACCAAAGAAUAUAUUGCGAUCCAGCUAGUAGCUAGUUGUAUUACACGUGUACAGUGCGUAUUGUGAGAACACUAACAGUAGUGAAACAGUUUGUUAUUUUAUUUUAGUAGGUACGUUAUCAUUUUGUAAUAAAUGAAAUUUGUUUUGUAUUCAUUUUAUGACUUGCCUGGUAAUCAGAGAUCAUUUCAGACGUAAAUGAAAGUUCGUCAAUGCCUCUUGCAAUAAGGGUAAGUACUGAAAAUAUUGCACAUUAAGAUAUUCAUUGGUAUUGAUCAAAUUUUGUAGUAACAUUACUAAUCAAAUAGUGUAUUUUAUAAGUAAGACAAUUUGAUGGUUAUAACCAAAAUUAACAAUCAAAUUGACAAAAUUACACGCAUCGGUGCCAGCAGGCAGCUUUAAUGCAAAUAAAUAACAAGUGUCCAAAAUAGAAAAGUGAAUGCAUUUAUCGAGAAGUUAGUAACUAUAAUGCUUUAUUCGCAGACCUAGUAAUAUCGUAGGUGACGUUGUAUUACGCAUGAAACACUACAACGUGUCGGCGUCAAAUCCCUGACCCUCAGAUAACCUGUCAGUAAAUCAAAUGUUAAUAAAUUGAUUUCGUCCACAAGUUCACUGAGUACAUUAAAUGAUUAUCAGA